AUGCCAACACAUAUUGGUGGCAAUCUAAAUACCUGCUUUGAAGCUAAUUAUAGGUUCAUGGUACUUAGUGAUGUACUGCGAUAUAUUUCGAACAUUACUAAAUUUUAUUAUCGGGACAACUGUCUAGCUACCAUCAGGAAUGCUGCGAAUGUCUGCUGUGUUCAGUUCUCCCCUCACUCUACUCAUUUGCUGGCCUUCGGUUCUGCUGAUUACAGAACCUAUUGCUAUGACAUUCGGAAUACCAAAACUGCCUGGUGUGUAUUGGCUGGCCAUGAGAAAGCUGUCAGUUAUGUGAAAUUCAUGGACUCUGGCACUCUUGUUACAGCAUCCACUGACAAUACCUUGAAACUUUGGGAUCUCCAAAAAACCAGUCAUUGUGGGCCAUCCACCAAUGCUUGCAGCUUAACCUUCAGUGGGCACACUAACGAGAAGAACUUUGUGGGCUUGUCAACUGCUGAUGGCUACAUAGCUUGUGGUUCAGAAACAAAUGAGGUUUAUGCUUACUAUAGAGAUCUACCUAUGCCAAUUGCUUCCUACAAAUUUGGCUCCAUUGAUCCUAUUUCCGGAAAAGAGACUGAUGAUGACAAUGGACUGUUUGUUUCAAGUGUUUGCUGGAGAGCGAAAUCAGACAUGGUUGUUGCCGCCAAUUCAAGUGGGUGUAUAAAAGUGUUGCAGAUGGUUUAAGAGAUGUUAAGCCUGUGAAGCCGAUCUAAGAAUAAUGUGUUUAU